CCGGCGAGACUUCUCCUCCUCCUUCCCGCCGUCGUGGAGGGAACGGGAGCGGCGGCGCUGCCCACCGGCCACCGGAAGGGUUCGGAAGCGGCGGGGUGUUUGGUUGGUCGGCUGCGGCGAUGUUGUCCAGGAUCUCGCAGCUCGGGGCGCGGAUUAUGCGCGAGGGUAGAGCUGCAGCAAAAUUGCCGAGCAGUACAACAAGCUACUAUCGAGGUCAACCCAGCCAAGUUUUACCCCCAGCGAAGAGCAUCCUCUUCUCAACAGCGACAACUAGUAGCGAUCAUGAUCAGGGCAGUCAGUACAAGGAGAAAAUCUCUGUAACAUUUGUGAACAAGGAUGGCACAGAGCAGACAAUCAGUGUCCCUGUUGGAAUGUCCAUGUUAGAAGCUGCUCAUGAAAAUGACAUCGAACUUGAAGGAGCAUGUGAAGGCUCCCUCGCGUGUUCGACUUGUCAUGUCAUAGUUAUGGAUGUAAAUUAUUAUAAUAAGCUACAAGAUCCAACAGAUGAAGAAAAUGAUAUGCUUGACCUUGCUUUUGGGCUUACAGAAACGUCUCGUCUUGGCUGCCAAGUAAUAGCGAAGCCAGAACUUGAUGGCAUCCGACUGGCAUUGCCAGCAGCUACACGGAACUUUGCGGUAGAUGGCUUUGUACCGAAACCACACUAAAUGACUGACAUCUGAGAGCACAGGUUCUUAUAGCACCAUCAAUUUUGUAGCCUCAUGACUUGUAACUUAAAACAAUAGCCCCUGUGUUUUGAGGCUUUUGUGUUUCAUGGAGGGUUUGUUCAUUGUUGAGCUCCUCGGUUAGUUACAGGAAUCAUAUUAUUUCAUCUGUACCGCACUGCCACCAGGUGAAUAAAAUGCAGGAUGCAUUUUGGAUA